AAUUAUUCGCCAACUAUAAAAUCAAGACAAAUUUGUCACUUCAUAUCAAUAUCUAAAGGUCUUUCAGAAGUUGUUUUUCAAAAAUGCAAAAAGUUUGUUUUGUUGUCCUUUUGGCUGUAGUGGCCUUUGCUUCGGCUGACUACGUUCAGCCUCACUUUGAGCCCCAAGAGAUUUAUGCCGAACCCAACUGUGCCGUUGUCAAUGAUCAUAGCCGCAUGUUCCGUGAUAUUUCCGAUCCCACUCACUACUGGGUAUGCCCUGAGGGUCAAGCCAAAGCUGAUUACAUUCAAUGUCCUGCCAACGAAGCCUUCAUGGAACAUUUACAAAAAUGUGUUGUAUGGGAAGAGUGGAAGUGGGUUGAACCUUACACUAAAUAAGUUUUCUGUUUAUUUAGUAAAUAAAUGAUUGAUAUGUAAACUUGAAA